ACGGCAAGCCAAGACAUAUGGUUUGAGGAUGGCAACAUUAUCCUCGUGUGCGAGUCCAUCGGAUUCCGUGUAUACAAGGGAAUCUUGUCAUCUCACUCUGAGGUCUUCUGGGAUAUGCUUUCCGUUGGCAGCCCCUCUGCAGACGACUCCUUUGACGGAUGUGCGCUUGUCCAUCUCUCCGAUUCCGCAGGUGAUGCCCUUCAUUUUUUGAAGACAUUAUACGAUUGGAGCUAUCACUUCCCCCUUAGCACCAUAGCCGGAAUUUUGCGGAUGGCGACAAAAUAUCUAGUUUAUAGCCUUCGGAGAGCUAUGGUUGACGAGCUCAAGGAAAUUUUACCCUCUACGCUCGCUUCUUUCAAAAAAUCCAGUGGAGGACGAAGCAUGAUCCCCGACUUCAAUGGCGUUCUUGCACUCAACCUAGCCACGGAAUGUGGAAUUCCAAUCAUUCUUCCAGCGGCAUGCUAUUAUUGUUCA